AUGUCUUCUGAAGGCUUUCUGAAGGAAAUACAGACCAUUGGUGAGAAGUUCCUGCUUAAGCUCCAGAAGCUGCCCCAGGCUGAACCUGUGGAGAUAGUGUCAUUUUGUAUUAUCCUCUUCUUUAUCGUUACUGUGCUGUCACUGAUGAUCCUAGCCUGCAGCUGUUGCUGCUAUCGCUGCUGCUGCCACGGAAGCCCUGAUCAGAGAGGCAGGAAGAUCCAGAUCCAGCCAACUGCUCAUGUGUGAAAUG